AUGCCCCACUCCACCUCCUUCCGCUCCGACCACUCCGCCACACAAGGCCCUGGCCCGCGCGAAAUCGUGCGCGCAUGGCCAGGUGGUAGGGCAAGGCAUGUUGAUGGGCGUAGCUGGCACGGGCAUGGUCGUCGACCAGGCAAUGGCAUCUGCCAUCUUGAAGGACUCGAGGUGUCGGUGGUGAAGUAUAUCCUGAGGAGUGUUUUAGAUACGCCUGCGGAGGGGAGGUUCAUGGGGAGGGUUUCGUAUUGGCUGCGUGAUAGACCGCGGGAUUCGUUACAGAACUUCUUGUUUAUUGGGUUCAGAGAUCUCGCAAUAUGA